GGACUAUCGCCAUGCGUAGAUUACGAGGUCGAGGUGAGGUCGGUGUCGCCAAGCGGUCAGCUCGGGUCAGCCAUAUUUGACACCGCGACCACCAAGGACGUUCCAACCGGAGCUCCGCAGGACUUGAAGAUAUUGGCUGUGAUGUCACACUCCGCCACCGUCACGUUCGCUGCGCCGGCGACCUUCCCUCAGUGCGUUCACGAAUACGAUACCAGGAUUAUCAACUUGAGUGAUCUUAAUAAACGCCAACCACAACUUCGCCCAGCCGGCAGUCUCCGCACCCAAGAAGUGUUCGAAGGCCUGGCCGCUUGUACCGACUAUGGCAUCGGUCUAAGUGCCGUAACCGUGUCAGGUUUCGAGAGCCCUGAGGUCGGCUGCAAUUUCACCACCGCUGAAGACACGCCCUCAGCACCUCAAGGACUGAACUAUACUGACGUGGGUGCUGGAUCGGUGUCCCUGCGUUGGUUCGCCCCCGAGACCAAUACCUUGUGCGCUGUGACUUAUAGAGUGACCUGGUCCUGUGACCUAGAUUCUGGCAGUGAGGAAUUCGCCUUCCUCGAUCGUCCGUUUGAGGUCAAGGUCACUCUAACGGGGCUGGCAGCCGCAACCGCUUAUACCUUCUCCGUCUCGGCCAAAACUGCCUCGGGCGAUGGCGGAGCCGAGUCGGAGCCCUGUCACGUGACCACGCUGCCUUAGAACGAACACGGUUUCUUCAAACUUACAGAAAGGAGAUUUGCUAUAUUAUCAUUUCAUUGUACGGGGUUUGACGAUUUAUGAAUAGG